CUCUGUUUGGGGAGGGAGAUGGCGGUGCAGGCCUGCAGAUGGGCAUUGUUCGCCGAGAAGGAAGGGUGCCGGCGGAACUCUCGAUGGGGGCGGGGUCGCACAGGCCACAGAGACAGACAACGCUGCACCACGGGGAUGAGGAGGACUGCGAGCACUGCAAAGGAGGUCGAGGCGAGGUCGCAGCGACGGAGCGAAUGUGCUGGCUGGCGGCGACUUCGCGUUGGCGGAGCAAGGGGCUGGCGGCAGCGCCUCUUUGGUUCGUCGUCGUCGCGGCACUACGCAGAGGAGAGGAGAGAACGAAGGCGAAGUCACGACUCGCGAAGAAGCAGGGGGGCGGCGUUUUCAAUUUUGCUAGAUUAGGUCAGGUCAAUUAGGGUUAGAGUUAAGGCUCUUCAGGGGCGGCGGCGUUUUGGGGGCAGGGGGGGGGGGGGUGUGUUUCGGUUAGCCAGUUAACGGACACAUAAAUUGGCCAUCCGACA